ACUUCUUACGCGCGUAUAACGUCUUCUUUAUAAUAGAUCGGUCUUAUUGGUAUAUAUGGUGUAGCUCUAUCAUAUUUUGGUUCAUAUUUGGGUGGAAAUGCUUCAUAUAUGGUAUACCACAGUGGUUUUUCUGUUUCAGCCUUUGCACCUCCAUAUAUUAAUGAUGAAAUUCUAUAACAAUAAUAAAAGUAAAUAAAAGUUUAUGGACAAAAAUGAUUAAUUUAUAAUAAAAUUUGAGGUCUUACCUCGUAUAAAUAGUUCCGACUUUUUCCACUCUUGUUUGAGCCAUUAUGCUUAAUAAUUAAAAAUAUUAAAAUUUAACAAUUUAAUACAAUAUCCUGUAACUAACAAAUACAUGAACAUUCCUUAUGCUGCAUUAUAGUAUAUACUUGCAAAUGCUUCUAAGAAAAUUAUAGGUUAUGUUAUAAAGCACUAUCUACAUCACAGAGAUAAUGUGACCAAUAAGAGCAUAUAUUCUACCGCAAAAACUGCAUAGGUUAAUUAAAAUUUCUAAGAAAAUUUUGGAUUAGUAUGAGUUCAUAUCACAUCACAUGUGAAUAAAACGAAGAUUUUCUAAAAGUAUAAGCAUAUGUGAAAUGUUUAAUAAUUGAAACUUAUAAAAAAUGAUUAAAGAGAAAUGAUUUCUCAAUUAAAUUGAUUGCGUUAUUAAAAUAUCAUACAUAUAUUAUAUUUUUUCUUAUAUAGUUUUUAAAUCAUUAAUAAAUAAUUGAUAAUAAUUCACUAGUAUAUUAAUUUACCGAAGAAAAAUGCUAGAUAUUAGUGAAAAAGAAAUAGUGGCUAUAGGUAAUGUAUUAAAGGAUGAAGACAGACCACUUAAAGAACGAUUUCGUGCAUUAUUUACUUUGAAAAAUAUUGGAGGUUCAAUAGCUAUUGAACAAAUACGUGAAGGUUUUAAAGAUAAAUCUGCAUUAUUAAAACAUGAACUUGCAUAUUGCCUUGGUCAAAUGCAAGAUCCUUUAGCAAUAUCUAUUUUAAUUGAUGUAUUAAAAGAUGAUAAACAGGAACCUAUGGUCCGUCACGAAGCAGGAGAAGCAUUGGGUGCUAUUGGAGACAUGUCAGUUAUACCAUUAUUAGAUCAGUAUAGUAAAAGUCUUAUACCCGAAAUUGCAGAAACAUGUGAAUUAGCCUUGAAACGCUUAAAAUGGUUACAAUCAAAUGAUUGUCAAGAAAAUUUAUUAAAAAGUCCAUAUAUGUCUAUUGAUCCUGCUCCACCAGCAGAAAUUACUGAUAUUCAUAAUCUAAAGAAAAUAUUACUAGAUGAAAAUAAAUCAUUAUUUGAUAGAUAUCGUGCAAUGUUUGCUUUAAGAAAUUUGCGAUCACAAGAAAGCAUCCUUGCUCUUAGUGAAGGAUUAAAAGCAGGUAGUGCCUUAUUUAGACAUGAAAUUGCAUUUGUUCUUGGUCAACUCCAAGAAGAGAUUUCUAUACCUUAUUUACAAGCUUCUCUUGAAGAUAUAGAAGAAAAUGAAAUGGUACGUCAUGAAUGUGCAGAAGCAUUAGGAGCUAUUGCUACUCCUGAUUGUCUUCAAAUUUUAAAUCAAUAUCUUCAAGAUAGUAAGCAGGUUGUGAGAGAAAGUUGUGUCAUUGCUCUAGAUAUGUGUGAAUAUGAAAACAGUUUUGAAUUUCAAUAUGCUAAUACACUGACAAAAAUUAAAGCAUAGAUUAUGAAUAUUAAAUCAUAAACUAUGAUUGAUGUUCUUCUAUCAUCUGGAUAAUAGAAAAUGCUUUGUUUUCCAAAAAAAUCCAUAUUACAUAAGAAAUAAGUAAAGAUCUUACAUAUUUUGUACUUAUAUAUAUAAUAAGAAUUUAUAUUAAUGUAAUAAAGAUAUAAUUAUUCAUAUGGCAAAUAAAUGAAAU